AUGCUGGAAAAGGUCUCCACGCACUCGGAAUUGGAUAAUAAGAAGAAAGCGGCGGGAGCAGGGAAGAAGCAGCAAGCUGAUAGCAUUCUGGCGCAGCUGGCAAGCCAGGGCAGCGGAGGAGGGGUGGGAGUGGGGUCGGGGCGAAGAGAAAGAGGCGGAGGAGGAGGAGGAGGGGAAGCAGGGAGGCUCAGUGCUGCGAUUGGCACUGGCGCUGGCGCUGGUGCUUCUGCUGCUCGUGCUGCUGCUGCUGCCGGUGCUACUGCCACCGGCGCUGCUGCAGCCGGUGCUGGCGGUGCCACCAAGGGUGCGAUCGGUGUUGGUACGAGCAGCAGCAGCGGGUUACCAGUGAUGAGGCAGUAUGGCAGCAUCCGCCCCUCAGACUACAUCCUAAAGAAGCCAUACAAGGACCUGGCGGUGCGCUACGUGCUGCACAAGGAGGAGCUGGGCAGCGGCGAGUAUGGGGUCAUUCGCAAGUGCCUGGAAAUUUCUUCUGGGCAUGUGCUCGCAUGCAAGACUAUAAAAAAGGCGCGGAUCAAGAGCCAAGAGGCAGCGGAUGACAUCAGAAUGGAGGUCGCGAGCAUGCUUGUACUGAAGGGGCAUCCGUAUAUUGUCACACUGCACGAUGCAAUCGAAGACGCAAAGUACGUGCAUUUAGUGAUGGAGUUCUGUCGCGGCGGCGAUCUAUUCGAUCGAAUCACCAAGGGCGGAGUAUACUCAGAGCCUCUCGGCGCCCACCUGUGCCGCGCAAUCAUAGAGGCGCUGCUGCACUGCCAUCGCCACGGGGUGAUUCACCGGGACAUCAAGCCGGAAAACAUUUUACUGCUGGAGCCUGGGAGUGACACACGCAUCAAGCUUGUCGAUUUCGGCGUUGCGACCUUCUUCCAGGAAGGGGUUUUGCUCCACGACACUAUCGGUACGCCCGAGUACAUGGCUCCAGAGGUGUGGGAUGGGAGCUAUGGCCCCGCAGUGGACGUGUGGAGCACGGGAGUCGUCAUGUACAUUGCCAUGUCAGGUGUGCCGCCCUUCUGGGCGGCAUCCAAGCAGUCCGUGCAGGAGGCAGUCACCACCCGCGAGGCGAGCUUCCGGUCGGCGAAGUGGGCGCAUGUUUCGGACGAGUGCAAGCAUCUGAUUGGCCGGAUGCUCGCGAAGAAGCCUCAGGAGCGAAUCACGUGCCUUCAGAUUCUUGGGCAUCCAUGGAUACGCCAGCAUUCGUCCCGCUAA